GAGCCUUAUGACGCGCGAAUCGAUAACCAGCGAAACACUACUCGAAGUUUCCAACAACCCACUUUGUACCAACGGACAAUCUCAAUGCUAAUUCCAUCGCGAAUGGCGCAGCACCCAAAUCGUCUGCAACCCUAGUUUAACCAAACUCCACGAUGCGCCUCCUCUCCAUCACGUCCCUCGCCCGCCUCACCACCGCCACACCUCUCCCCAGCACCACCAUUCCCAUCCAAUGCGCCUACCUCUCCACCACCACCAUUCUCCUCAACGGCGGCAAAUCCCUACCCCCACGCACCCCCCUCCUCGACACCGACCUCAUUGAAAACUUCCUCAAAGGCUCAGGCCCCGGCGGCCAAAAGAUCAACAAGACCUCUUCUGCUGUGCAACUCAAACACAUACCCACUGGCAUCGUAGUCAAAUACCAGGACACACGGUCCAGAGAGGUCAACAGGAAGAUGGCGAGGAGGAUACUGCAGGAUCGGAUUGAGGAGAUGGAGUUGGGCGAGGGUGCGCGAACGAGGGUCAAGGCGAGGGAGAAGAGUAAGAAGAAGGCUAGUAGUGCUAAGAAGGCGAGGAGGAAGUAUAGGAAGCUUGCAGAGGGGAAAGAGGGAGAGGAGGGAGAAGAGGAAGGCGUGGAGGGUGUGGGUGUGGGUGUGGGUGGUAGCGAAGUGGGGGCAGAAUUGCGGGGAGAGGAAGAGCUGGUCGAAGGUGAGGAGAGGAGUAAGACGGCGGGUGGGUGACCAUGUGUUCUGUUCACGAUUUGUUAUACAAACCACGAAGAGCACAGCAUCGUGCCAAGAGUCCAGGUCGCGACGAGUGUAUCAGUGUGGAAGAGGAUAUAUACCCUUCGCAGGCUAUGCGCGGGGAGACGCGGAGCCGUGGUAGAGAUAUCACUGCUCGGCUGGGCAUGCAAGUUGCAGACCUUGAGGUGGUCAAACCUCGAGGCCCAGUAGCCAAAGUGACAGGCGGCUAUGUGUGGAUACGACACCCAUCUGGAAUGGUUAUUGAAUGCCGUGUCAAUAGCAUCCACUCGCACGUACAUUGCACAUGUCAGAUAUAGGAUACAACACAAACUCAGUCACAGAACUAUUGUAUGAAACCAAUUCUGAGCGCCACAUUAGUUCAUGCG